AAAUAACGCGAGAUCCAUAAAUUCUUGCUGCGAGAUAUCAGAUUUUCAAUAAAUUUCGACCAUGAGAGCAGAGCGUGUAAUUUCGUAUUAUUAUAAUUCUGCAUUGUAAAUGAGUUGUAUUAUAAUUUGUGUGGCGGAAAGAGAUAUCUAGAUAUGCGCAAAAGUCGGCCGGAUUGAGAAUGCUGAGUAAUCCGUCAGUCAUCCCCGCUUCAGAUCGAUCAGCGGUCGUCGGAGAAAGUUCAUUAUUACAUUCGCGGAUCUAUUUUUAAUAUCUCGCUGUGCGAGAAACUCCAUUCUCGACGGGACGCGUAUAACCGACCGGCUUUUGCUGACCGGGCUCUCCGUCUGAUAACUGCACCGAUAAAGGAGGGUCGAUAAACGUCGUGCGAAAGUCACCCCGCAGACCGACUAGCCCGUAACGCGGAACUUGGUCGGCUCUUCAGAGUGGAGGGUUGAUAUCGGGUGGCGGCGCCUGCGCCCCGUGGCGCACCCCCACAAAUCCAUCCGCCGUUAUCGCCAUGGCAGAACCGGCAGUUCCAUCGCUGACGGACGCGCACGGGGUAGUCGGCGAUUUCUCCCGCUGUCGCAACCACUGUCCGUCGGCUGUUUGCGGCCGCUCGUGUCGAUCGUCGCGUCGAUCAAGGUGCGGAACGUCGGCGAAUAUGCGGAAAGUGUGGUCGACGGGCGUCUGAAGAUGCAGCUUCGAUCGGCACCGAGCGGGACGGUAAUCCAGUCGCGUCCGCGUCGCCUCGUCGCUCCUCGCCGUCGUCGUCGUCACCGUGACGGGACGUCGUUGACGCUAUCCGCCCUGCGAGUCGGUCCCACCGCGGGGCCCGAGACCGCCGAGGGAUGCUCGCGGAAAUGGUCCGGUUGUCCUACCAGCACAGGGCGUUCUACUGCUACGUGAUUCUCAGCGUGUGGAUUUUCCUGCUGGUCGCUGGUAUGUACAAGUACAUCGGCGUAGAUCAGAAAACUUCGGUACAAACGAGAAUCAUAAACAAUGAUUUGUCACUUCGGGAAUUCCCGAGAAAUUUAAAGCCGGAUGCAAAAACGAAAAAAAUUUUUCGCUUUUGCAAUUUGCCGCACGAGAUAACCGCAGAGACCGAAGGAAAGCUCGAGGGCAAUUUAACGCUUGGCGGUAUCCUGAUCUUUAUCCGCCACGGUGACAGAGGUCCUUUGACACACAUACGAAACAUAAGCAGCAUCAACUGCGGCGGUGAUUUCGGUGGCGCGACGGAACUCGAGACGAUCUACGAGAAUUACGUGAAUUUCGUGCAAAAUGUGUCCAACUACUCGAAGACCGCGUGGGCCCAGUUUCUGGGCCCGUUUCAUGGACUGCCCGUGCUGCCGGCAAACGCGCGCGAUUGCAAGAUCGGGCAGCUCACCACGCUCGGGAUCCUGCAGCUUCUGAAAACCGGGAUUCUACUGAGGAAUGCGUAUUACCAGAAGCUGAAUUUCGGGAACGGCACCACCUUUGGCAGAGACGUCAUUGUAUACAGCACUUCCUAUCGUAGGACUGUGCAGAGCGCCGUCGCCUUGCUCUACGCGCUCUUCGAGAACGAUGGCUUUCAAAGUUUGGCGAGGAUCAGUCUGCAGGAGAGCCAGAGUUAUGCGUUUUGCAACAACGAGUGCGCCUGUCCCGCCGCUGAGAAAUACUUGAAGCAGCAUUUGAAGGAGACUUCCAAUCAUCUGAAAUCUCAUCCGGCCGUUGGCGAGUUGAUCAAGCAGGCGGCGAGCGCCGUGUUCGAGCUUCCGGAUCAGGCCCAAACGUGCGACCCGAACACGCUAAGGGACGCACUACUAACGUACGUGUGCCACGGCGCCUCGCUGCCGUGCGUGGACCUCGACGCACAGCAGCGGACGUGCGUGAAGAGCGAUCACGUUACCGGAUUGUUCGCCUACACGGACUGGGAGUCCAAGCAGGCGGCCAAGAGCAGCAGCCGCAACAAGUACGGGCUGCUGAAGGCCUACGGGAUGCUGCGCGGCAUCGUUACUUUCAUGCUGCGCAUCAUCUCCGAGGCCAGGCCAAAGAUUGUCCUCUAUUCCGGCCACGAUAAAACCCUGGAAUACCUCGCCACGGCGCUCGGCAUAGUCUCGGACGUAGCGACGCACUACGCCUCGAGGCUCGUCAUCGAGGUCUACAAGAUCAAUCCGCGGAACGACAAUCGCCUCGCCAGCGACUUCUACUUCCGCGUCAUCGCCAACGGCCGGGAUCUCACGCCGAGGAUCCCGUUCUGCAGGAACGCCAACACCUACGUCAGCGACGAUGGAGAACAGCUCGGCAAAAGGGGCAUCAAAUUGUGCCCGAUAGAGAACAUCGUCAGGCAGUUGCACGACGAUUACUUCGUACCGUUCAACGCGACGAACUUUAAGGACGCUUGUUCGAGUCAUAAGAUUCGUUAAAAGUGAUGGGCAGAUUUCCUGUAAGAAAAUAGAUGAGUUAAAAGCAAUUGAAAGAAAGUCUUUUCGGUGGUAGUGAGCACCUUAUCUUCGAAAUCCGGAUUUAAGAUUUUAACAUUUUCUUUUGGAUCCCUUUUUAUCUCUUUUUAUGAUGGCACUAUUUAUUGCUAUAGAUAUAAUUAAAUAUUAAAUAUGAAAAAAAAAAGAAGAAAUAGUGAUAUACUCUAUAAUUUUAGGUAAGAGAUUAAUACUCUUAAUUCCAAUAUCCGUCUUAGGAUAAAAAUUAACAAGUGACAAGGUAGAGAGAAACAUGAAAUGUAAAGUCAAUCUCCUAAAAAAAUUGAUAAAUUUUUAUCAAUUCUUUUAAUUCAUCUACUUUUCGCAUAACAAAUUUAUCUAUCGACUGUUUUCGAACAAGUUUUUAAGCUGCACUAUGCGUUAGAGCUAAAUAAUAAACCGACGUGAAAGUAAUUACUAAUAUUAACAUUCGGAGAAAUUUAAGAAGAGCUAAUCCCUCAAUUUUCCUAAUAAAUUUUUCAUAUAUGUGGCGGGGUGUGUGAAUCACUUAAAAUUCAGUUUUUCCGCCUAACAAGAAAGUACUCUAUCUUCUAUCGUGAAAUAGUCAGAUGUAAAAUUAUUCUUUUUGCCAUAUUCAAAACAAGAUAUCCAGCUCGAAUUUUUCACAUUUAGCUAACAAUAAGUCGACGCACGGUUAAAGAAAAUAUAAAAUCGUCAAAAAUUGGGAAGAAAAUCGAAGGAAAU